AUGCCAUACAACAGAGAGGUUAUUGCUUCCAUCUCGUUUGAGACCGAUUCAUCCCCUUCUAAUGGCACACCCAGGCGAGGUAGUUUCAAUGAGGCAGUGAGGGAACGCGGGUUAUUUGAUGCUCCAGGAGACCCUAUGCCGCAGCAAAACGAGUCAACGCGCAACAUUAUUCGCUGCAUGAAAUGGGCCCUGGGACGGAGUAUCAAAAGUAUCUCUAACCCGGCCAAACAGCGAGCGCUGAAUCCGAAGAAAGACUUCACAAUUGAGAUAACCAUCGAAGCUAAGGCAAAAAGCAAAGGUGGAUCGGCCAUCAGCUGCUGCGGUGGCGUACCCGCGGUGAAGCAUCGGACUCCAAAAGUGUUGUCUGUUAACGAGACUGGAACUUUCAAGUCUGACUUUGCUCAUAGUGACACGGAUGAUUACGACGACGAUGGCCCACAAAUUUCUUUUAAGUUUACUGACUACUCUCCGAUGUGUUAUCGUCACAUACGGGAAUUUUUUAAUAUUGACCCAAUGUCUUAUUGUGAGGUACUGAUGCGAAGUAGGUGGCAUAGCACCCCUACUCCUGGAAAGUCGGCGGCACAGCUUUUCUUCUGCGGUAAGGACUGGAUUAUAAAAACCAUGACUACAGAGGAAAGUGAGUUUUUACGCAGUAUCUUACAUCGGUACUACUUUUUUGUACUAGAUAACCCACACACGCUUCUGCCGCAUUUUGUUGGACACCAUCGUCUUGAAAUUGCUGGAGAAAAGAUAAAUUUUAUUAUAAUGCAGAAUGUUUUUGCGACAGGAAAUGCCAUACACGAAAAGUAUGAUCUCAAGGGAAGCACCGUAGGACGUUUUGCAACUGAAGCUGAAAAAAGGAAACAGACUUGCACACAAAAGGAUCUUGAUUUAAAUCGUCCUAUACAUGUGGGUCCUGCGCGAAGGGCACAAGUUAUUGAACAAAUUAAGAAUGACUGUGAAUUCUUGAAACGCUCCCACGUCAUGGACUAUUCGUUUCUAGUUGGAAUUCAUAUCUUGCCAGCGUCCGAUCCACGGAGUGUAGGAAGUGGUGCGACAGGAGUAAAAGAAAACCUACCAUUUAGUCCAUUACCGUUUCAGGUGUUUGCCUUGGACGGUGCAGCAGCUAAUGUUGUUUUGGAUGGGCAGAUGAAUGGGACAACUGGCGGCCUCCACGUCUCUACACCCGAGCCUGUCAUUGAUGGACGAUGCUUUACUGCAGAUGAAGGUGGCAUGCGUAGCACAUACCAACCAGGAACUCGGAGAGAAAUAUAUUACAUUGGAAUUAUUGAUAUAUUGCAGAGGUAUAACGCUUGGAAGUAUUUGGAGACUACAUUUUUGGGUUUGGCACAGGACUCAAAGAAAAUAUCUUCUGUUCCUCCCCGAGAAUACGCGGAGCGUUUUGUGGCGUUUGUCUCCUCUAUUAUUGUGUGA